AUGGGAGUGCAACUUCUUGAUCAAUUAUGUUUGGACGAGCAAGCUACUGGCAAUACGAACGAGGAAAAGAAGGGCGCUGAGUUGAAAAUCCUGGCAACCAAAGUAGUAAACGAUAUUCUCAAUUCCAAGUUUCUCGAUCGCAGCGUUGUAGCCGACGGAAAAAGCGACAAAAAGCUCAAGGUUAGAAAAUGGAGCGAGACUGCAUUUGUUCAGCCAAUAAUUCAUGCCAUCAUCUACCGGGUGCUUGACAUUGUUGAUCUCGGUUUUCUUUAUGUUUCAAAGGAGCAGAGAGUACGACGGGAAAGAGAAGAUGACAAGGAACGCGUAAUGGACUUCUUGGUUCAUAAAUUUCGAGAGAACCUUUUCUGUGCCAUGCCAAGCAUGAUUGAAUGUAUAGUUGAAGUCAAGCGGUGUGGAAAUACUUUCAACGAGGACAAAACAGAAAUCAAAAUGGCGGGCAUCCAAAUAAUUGGAAACUUUGCCAAGCGAUUGCGGGGAGACCUCAAUUUUCUCAGCAUUGGUGUGGAUUGUGAGCUCUAUGGGGUCGCCAUUUCGUUGUCCAAAGUGUCAAUUGUAAAGGCAUCGCUACAAAACGUUGGAACAGAAAAUGUUGCAGUGUUGUUUCGCAAGACCAAAGCAUUUGAUUUGCUUUCUACAAAGGGCCUUGAGAUGCUGGCACUUGCUCUGAGUGCUAGUUACAAAAUGUCCGAAGCAAAGCAUGACAUCGCCACCAUCAAAGCAUAUAUCCAUGAAGGCGAAAAUCAGAAUAAUGCAAGGAUCGGGAUGUCCAUUGACAGGUUUUUGGGUUCGGGAGCAUUUGGAAGCGUUUACAAAAUUCGCAAGACUACUGUCGGACAGGAGGGACCAGAGUGUUUUCUGAAGAUACCAAAUUCGCACAGGGCGUUACAUUCGUUGAAGGAGGAGGCAAAAACCUUGCGCCGCUUGAACGAACAAAAGGAAGAAUCGCUGACAGUGCCAAACAUCCCUUUAUGCAGCGCAGGAAAACAAUUUGAUAUCGCAAUGAAUGGCUUCAAAAGCAAGACUUAUGGCCUGAUUCUCAAUGGGAUGAUUGGUAAACCUGCCAGCGCUUUCAACUGGAAAUCGGAAGGGUACAAGGAGCUCCUACCAUCAGUCAUCAGGAAUGUGCAUGCUACUCUAGACGCUGCACACAAAAAUUCUGUGUAUCAUCUCGACGUUCGUCCUAGCAACAUUAUUGUGCCUACCACUGCAGACAAGAUGACAAAAGAUAUCAAGGUAUUGGUGAUUGAUUGGGGUGUUGCAAUCUCCGAUGACAAAAAGUUCCACUUUCGGGGCUGCGUUCCAUACGCUCAUGAUGAGCUUCUUGCAACAGUCAGAAUGGAAAAGAAAGCGAAGUCGGAGCAUGAUUGGGCUCUUUGGCGGCUAGGAUAUUAG